AUGAUCUUUGUCAAUGACUUUUCCCAGAUGAAGCGACAAAAAGAUGUACAGUUGGAAUCGAAGCCAAAGAUACAAAAGCGUACUGAUUUUUUAAAUGACCUGGAUGGACUCCUUGUCAGCUCUAAAAAUUUCAAUAAACUUUUUGUACAGAAAACAAGUCAGGAAUGGAUCAAAACUCAAGUUGAGAAGCUUGUACAAAGUCACAUUCAUUUAUUUAGAUUUAUUGAAGUUUUAACAAACUUCGUUGUAUCUGGAAAUCAUCAUCCACAUGUUGUUCAACAAGUGCUUGUUUGGUUAGAUUAUUGCCUACAACACCAUUCAACUUCUAUGCAAACACCAGAAAUUCAGAAGGUCUUAAAGAAUCUGUGUUCAUAUUACUACGAAAUGUGUGGGAUGGGGAAUAUGUUUUUAAGAGCUACUAACCGUGGUAGUGCCAUGGAAAAUUGGUCAAAUGUUCAAAAGGUUAUUAGUCACUUCCCUCGUAGAUUUUAUUAUCCGGUUCUACCUAAAACAAAGUUUGUAUACAUUGAUGAUGAAAGCAAUCCUACCAGAAAAUCUAAUGUUCCAUUAAAUUUAUAUAGUUCCGAAAACAAUGAAGAAAAUCUUGAUAUCCUGAAUGAUGAAUAUUUGGAUGUGGAUACAAUGUCAUCUUUGAUGAAAGAUGACUCAGAGUAUGAACAGGAAUCGUUGUAUCAAUCGGUUGAAGAAUCUGAUGCCGGUGUAUUUGAUGUCAAUGAACCUCUGUCACCUGAUGCAGAACAGUUUCUUAAUAGUAUAAAUGAUGACUGGGGAGAUGAAAUAAUUACUUCUGAAGCUGAAAGUGAUUCGGACAAAUUUAUUUAUCCUGAAAUAAAAGAUUCUGAGGACGAUUUGUCUGUAUCAACCGAAAUAUCUUUAACGUCUGUCAAUACAAGUCUGUUUCCGGAUGUUACUGAACAAUUGGGAACCGUCGGGAAUGGUUGUGACGUUAAUAAUGGUGAGAAAAAUGAGAAAGUUGUUAAACCAAAAGCAAGCAAAUCUAACUACUCAACCUUAAGUCAAUCCCCAAACAAUCGUCAAAAAAACCGUCGAUCAAGUUCAAGAAUAACUACAUCUCAAAAACAUUGA